AUGCUAGACAAAAUACCAGCUGAAAUCACCAGUGAGAUCUUCUCCUAUCUUUUGACACCAGAUCUCUUGCAAUGUAUGCUUGUAUGUCGAUCUCUCACAUCAUUGGCACAAUCUGUCAUGGUGAACAACGUAUCACUCUACUUCACAUCAAACAUCUAUGCAGGCCUCGACUUUUUUCGUGUCAACUAUUUGAUGGCACAGCAAGUGCACUACGCAGACUUACGCAUAGAAAGAGACUUUCGUGAUCUCAAGCUUCUUCAAAUGAUUCCAUCCAUUCUUCCCAACUUACACAGCCUACGUCUCUAUUCAAGACUGCAAUAUUACGAUAUCUCUGGUAUUACUGUCACCAGCAAGUGCCAACGUACGCUUAAGGAGAUAUCUAUGCAUGGUUAUGGCGCUGCCUAUGCCGUAAAAAUGCUCCAGGAAACCACUUUUAGAGCACUACAGUCGAUUCGCGUCUCAUUCCACAAUUCACAUGCAAACCCAUCGACAUUACAUAGGCUUCGUUCCAUGCACGAGCCUGACGUGAACAAGAUGUUCAUCAAAUGUCUCAAGAAUGCACCCAAUCUCAAGCAGCUCGACAUCAAAAAUGCCACACUCUAUGUAUGCGAUGUGGAAGAUAUGCACAAUUACGCACCUGGUUUGCAGGAACUGACAGUAGCUACCAAAGGCGUCCCCUUUGCUGAACAGAAACUCACUAUCGGCAGCCACAUCAAACCGCUAAUCAAGCUCAAGACGCUAAAUCUUGCCAUUGUGCUGAAUGACCAUGAGGUGGAUGAGCUGAACGAAAAUGUGAUCAAGUGGCUAGAGUAUGUGCACCACAAAUACAUUGGACUCACCAACCUUCGUCUGGAAAUCAUGGACCCUCAUGAAAGCGAAAUUCAUUUGGAUCGUUUUGGCUUCUCAAAGACGCUGCAGUCCAUGAAUAUGAUGAAGCGCAUUGUCCAAAAGUUGGAAAACAUGGAGAGAAUAGAGUCCCAAUUUUUUCCUUUUACUCGUGAAAAUGUAGCCCUGUGCAACGGAUUUCAGCUGCAAGCUGCCAAAUUAUGGGACAUGCAUGUCAGCAUUGAACAGCAACUCAAGAACUUGCAUGCAUCCAAACAGGCGGAUACCAUCAAGGCUUUACAUUUGGUGCUUUCCAAAGAUGACCAUUACACACGCCCUAAUGCAUUCAAACGACUUCUGGCUGACUAUAAGAUGAAACACUUGAGGAGACUGGAUAUUAAGAUUGAACUAGAGCAACACAUGUCGUUACCAUAUGCGCUGCCUGUAUAUAUAUUGCGUUAUGUACCUGCUCUGGAGUCAUUCUCACUGGAUUACAUGGAAAUUAAUGACGAAGUUCUGUCACUUUUUAAGGUCCAAAGUGGACUCAAACAUUUCGAAGUGAAUCUCUUUAGAGCUAGAGGUAAUUUGGAAGCUACCAACGCGUUUUUUGAGAAUUUGUUCAAGGCAUGCCCUUUGUUGGAGUCAUUUGAUGUUAGAUUUUCGCUGAAGGUUGCAGACACUUUCACUUGCCUGAUUUUGGAUCUCAAGAAGUAUACAAAGCAUCUCAAGAACAUUCAUCUGAGAUACGAUGAAGACAGUACAUGUCUUUUGUUUAACGAUGAUCCCAAACGAAGAGGAAAGUUUUGGGAAACACAUACAAGACAAGUCAGGGAACCAUUUACAAUUGAGAAGCUCAUAGAUUUACGUUGCCAUGACGACGCGAGACUAAAGAUUCAGGCUUACGAUCACUUGGAGUGA